CUGAUGCUGGGUGUUUUGUUGGUUUUGUAGAGGGAGGAAGUACAGGUCAGCAGGUGAUUUGUUGGCGUCGUGCAUCGGGUGACACGCAGCGUCUGGCGCCUGGCUGAGAUGAAGGCUUCUCCGACGCUCUGGUUUGCCCUCGCCGCCCUGGCCAUGACGGCGCAGGGUGGCUGGGUCCGUAAUCCAGGACGGCCGGCCGAUAUGACCACCUCGGUUGAAAUUGCCAUGGGCUCGCUUGAUGCGCAACCUGGCACCCUUUUUUUGGCCGUCGCCAGCCAAGACUUUACCUACUUUGCCCUCAACUUUGACGAUCACGUCGAUCCGGGGGCCGUCGCCAUCAAUUGGACCCUUUUCCGCAAUCCCACCAUCACCCCCGCCCUCGUGGCCGAGGCCAUCACCAUCAAGUCUGGCAAUCGGCUGCAGUACGGCCAAGCCUUUGUUCUCGACGCCCUGCUCGAGUUUAACGAUACCAAGGUCGAAGCUUUGCAUCGUGAAAUGCCCCUGAGCUUGCGCUCGAGUGCGUGGACCGUAAAGCCGGGCGCCACCUCCGACACCCUCACCUUCAACACCUCUUUCACGCGCGACUGCAGCGUGAACGUCUCGCUGCUUAUGCACACGGGCAAGGGUUACGCAGCAGUGGCGCCUGCCAUCCCAAUCAUGCCCAAUGCUUCGGAUAUCAACCUCAUCCUCUUGGGUUGCAAUGCGACAAUCAAGAACUCGCGCUUUGGCACCCGCAACCAUGUCUACACCAGUCGCACGGUCCGAUCUACGAUCGCCCCACUCUCUCGCGAAAGGCACUUUUCGAAUCUUAUGCCGUUCCUCCAAACCGUCUUGGCAACUGACAUGAAGCUCAAGACGGAAAUGAGCAUCGAUGACGAGCACUCCCCCGCUGUCUUCAAGCUGUCCAUCCUUGGCACGGAAAAGGCUCCUCAGGCUCCCAGUAACCAGGUUACUCAUGGCUACCUUGCUUUCAAGCCAGUUGUCUACGGCUCGGCCAGCCGUGGCAGUAGCAACAUGACCUCAGUCCAAACCAACGUCUCCUCGCUUGUUCCUGUGGACAAUGCCACCCUGCCGUCUUCUCUCUUUGGUGGGGCUGGGGAAGGCAGCGAGCUAAUCUUGUUGUUCGGCAGCAAGGGCGAUGGGUGGGAGAAUGCCUCGUCAUAUUACAUGAGCGCCGUUCUGGGCACGGGAGACCAUGGUUCAAAUCAGUUUAGCUUUGCUCUUCUCAUGACCACCAUCGUCAGCUUCGGUGUUCCCUUCAUUGCGUUCAUUGUGGGCGGAGUCUACGCCGUGUGGAAGCGCUCACGCCUCCAGCGAGCCAACUAUCACCAAAUCAACUAGGUCUUGGUUUUUCUUCCCCUCUCGUGCAGGUGCUCCUUGUUUGCCUUUGCUCUGUGGCCGCGGGUUCCUUUGUCGGCGGCUCGCCCUGCGUGUUUCCUAGUCAUUUCGGAUUCUAGAGCCCUUCUUCUUUUUUUUUCCGUUACUUCACUCCCCUCGUUUUCCGCU